UUGUUUUGUUUUUUUUUCAAAGGCUAACCUUUUGGGGAAAAAAAGAGAUUAGGGCUAACUGCCCUAAGUCGGUUACGAACUAGGGCUUGCGAUUAGAGGUAAUUUUGGGUUCAAGUAUUAGACCAAUUGAGUUUUGGACUCGAAUACGCCCUGUAGCCGGGCAUCUUUGUUUGUUCUCUUUAAUCUCUUCUCGUUAGGACUUUAACGGGUCACUUUGAUUCGGGAGAAGUACUCCUUUUUUGGGUAAAAGGAGAAAUCACCCCAUUUUUUUUCAAACGUUGUUCAAGCUCUGGUCCGCUGCAGAAGAAAGAAAGAGAACGAUGCUGAACGGAAUCGAUGACGAAGAGAAGUGGCUGGCAGAAGGGAUCGCCGGUAUUCAACACAAUGCUUUUUACAUGCAUCAAGCUUUGGACUCCAAUAAUCUUAGAGAAGCUCUCAAGUACUCCGCUCAGAUGCUAUCGGAGCUCCGGACAUCCAAACUCUCUCCUCACAAAUAUUACGAACUCUAUAUGCGAGCUUUUGAUGAACUGAGGAAACUAGAGAUGUUCUUCAAAGAAGACAGCAAGCACGGUGUAUCUGUGAUUGAUCUAUACGAGCUUGUUCAACAUGCCGGCAAUAUUUUGCCUAGAUUGUAUCUACUAUGUACGGUAGGAUCUGUCUAUAUCAAAUCUAAGGAGGCUCCUGCUAAGGAAGUUCUUAAAGACCUUGUGGAAAUGUGUCGUGGAGUUCAACAUCCCAUACGUGGACUUUUCUUAAGGAGUUACCUUGCUCAAAUCAGUCGAGACAAGUUACCAGAUAUUGGUUCUGAGUAUGAAGGAGAUGCUGACACUGUGAUGGAUGCUGUGGAAUUUGUGCUGCAGAAUUUCACAGAGAUGAAUAAACUUUGGGUGCAGAUGCAACAUCAGGGACCUGGUAGAUUUAGAGAGAAGCAGGAAAAAGAAAGGAGUGAACUUCGAGAUCUGGUAGGGAAAAAUCUCCAUGUUCUCAGUCAGAUAGAAGGGGUGGACCUUGGGAUAUACAAAGAAACAGUUCUAACCAGAGUGUUAGAGCAGGUUGUCAAUUGCAAAGAUGAUCUUGCCCAAUAUUAUUUGAUGGAUUGCAUAAUUCAGGUUUUUCCUGAUGAGUAUCACUUGCAGACUCUUGAGACAUUAUUGGGUGCUUGCCCCCAGCUCCAGCCAACAGUUGACGUCAAGACAGUUUUGUCUCGACUGAUGGACAGAUUGUCAAAUUAUGCUGCUUCAAGUGAAGAUGUAUUACCUGAAUUUCUACAAGUAGAAGCCUUCACUAAAUUGAGCAAUGCAAUUGGGAAGGUCAUAGAAGCACAGGUUGACAUGCCUGCUGUUGGAGCUAUAACUUUGUAUGUCUCUCUUCUGACCUUUACUCUUUGUGUUCAUCCUGAUCGACUUGAUUAUGUGGAUCAAGUACUGGGAGCCUGUGUUAAGAAGCUCUAUAACAUACCAAAACUUGAAGAUAGCCGGGCAAUGAAACAAGUAGUUGCACUUUUGAGUGCUCCACUGGAGAAAUACAAUGACAUAGUAACAGCCCUGACACUUUCUAAUUAUCCACGUGUAAUGGACCAUCUUGAUAAUGGAACAAAUAAAGUCAUGGCAAUGGUUAUCAUUCAAAGCAUUAUGAAGAAUAACACUUUCAUUUCAACUGCUCACAAGGUUGAGGUGUUAUUUGAAUUAAUAAAAGGUCUCAUUAAGGACAAGGAUGGUGCUGACGUGGAUGAGCUUGAUGAGGAGGAUUUCAAGGAUGAACAAAAUUCUGUUGCUCGGCUCAUACACAUGCUUUAUAACGAUGAACCAGAGGAAAUGUUGAAGAUUAUAUGUAUUGUGAGGAAGCAUACCAUGGCUGGAGGCCCAAAACGCCUGCCCUUUACAGUUCCUUCACUUGUUUUUUCUGCACUUAGGUUGGUUUGGCGAUUGCAAGGUCAGGAGGGAGAUAUAGUGGGAGAAGAAGUUCCAGCAACACCAAAGAAAAUUUUUCAGCUCUUGACUCAGAUCAUCGAGGCUCUUUCAGCUGUUCCUUCACCUGAACUUGCGUUAAGGUUGUACCUGCAAUGUGCUGAGGCAGCUAAUGGCUGUGAUCUUGAGCUUGUUGCUUAUGAAUUUUUCACUCAAGCGUUUGUGUUAUAUGAAGAAGAAAUUGCGGACUCUAAAGCCCAAGUGACUGCAAUUCAUCUGAUAAUUGGUACCCUGCAGAGGAUGAAUGUAUUUGGUGUUGAGAACCGAGAUACUAUGACACACAAGACCACAGGGUAUUCAGCUCGGCUAUUAAAGAAGCCUGAUCAGUGCAGAGCUGUUUAUGCAUGUUCACAUCUCUUCUGGGUCGAUGAUCAGGACGGCAUUAAGGAUGGGGAAAGGGUCCUGCUUUGCCUAAAACGUGCAUUGAGGAUCGCAAAUGCUGCUCAGCAAAUGGCAAAUGUUGCACGAGGUAGCAGUGGGCCAGUCAUACUCUUUGUUGAGAUAUUGAACAAGUACCUCUACUUCUUUGAAAAAGGAAAUCAACAAAUCACCGGUGCUGCAAUCCAAGACCUGAUAGAAUUAAUCAACACGGAGAUGCAGAGUGAUUCUGCAACACCAGAUACUGCUUCAGAUGCUUUCCUUGCCAGUACAUUGCGUUACAUUCAGUUCCAGAAACAAAAAGGCGGUGUAAUGGGUGAGAAAUUUGAAGCCAUUAAAUUUUAAAUUAUCGGGGAAUGUAAAGGAUUAUGCCUGGCAGCCUGAGACGUGAAGGUAUGUAUAGCUUAUUUAGUUUGAGAAAAAAAAAUCGAUGGUUGUGGAGUGGAAUUCUAUGCCUCUUUAACAUAGAAAAUGGGCCUUUUUCUCUAAUUGGAACUCUUUUUGAUUGUGACCUGGUAUUUGUUCUUUUAUACUCUUCUGCUGUUGUUACCUGAUUCGGGUGUUAGAGAGGGGCGAAAGGCAGUUUUCAAAUCUUUUUUUUUUUCCUGUUAAAUUUGAAUUGCAACUAUAGAUCAAACUAGGAAGUUAAAGUUGGCGAUCAUUCCUCAUUGUUGAAAGAUUGCGACUAGACCUAGAGAGUCAAAUCAAUGGAUAGAAUUCACCAUCUUCGGCUUAUACAUGAGUCUAAUAAGACCAAUGUUUAAAAACACAUCUAAUACCUCCUGCCAUUUUUGUGUUUAUUUUAACUGUCUUUUUCGUUAAAAGAAUUGGUUUAAGGGUCGGGACAAAAUCACCAUCUUCCUUUCAUACGUCCAUCUUUAGUGAAUGCAACGCCUAAUAUCAUGUCUAGAAAACAACUACCAAAAAGCUUCAUCAUGUACACUAGUUAGUCUACUUUUAUUAGUACUUCCACCAAAAUACAACCCAUGACAAAAUCCAAUGACCAGGUCAGGAUUUACGAUUUUUAGAUUUUCUCUUCUCUUCAGCAACAUUUUGAUUUGGGUCCAGAAUCGCCGAGUUAAUCAGUUUAGUGGCUUUAGCUCGGGAUUGCUUUGCGUUUUUGUUUAGGAAUCAACAAAUGGCACCAGCCACCACAGCGGUAUUUCUUCUCACCACUAAAUUUUGGGCUUGACAUCAAAACGAAGCGAGAGCUAUCGAUAUUUUCCAUCCAAUCCAUCGUCAUCCUUGGCCUCUGGAAAUAAGGAAUAGAUCCCAAAAUAUGUACUGCUAUUUGUAUCCAUAAGGAAACAACAGAAGAAAAAAAAUAAAACCAAAGUUCUACGGAAAAGCAUGACUUACUCUAAAAACUGACAAACCAAUAAACACACAUGUUUUAUAUGAACAUCAGUCAUCAGUACAAAUACAUCAGUUUUUUAUAAAGUAAUCUUAUUCCUUAUUUUCCUGAAAAAAAUAGUAUAUAAAAAUGCCAACCCAACCUCAGUUCUGACAUCUUCCGACAACGAGCUGCAAUCAUCUUUUUGAGAAUCCAGGACUUCUUCCUAGAAAAAAUGCUUUGUUCUUGUUGGUAGGCCGACCAAAGUCAUCAAACUAAGCAAUUAAACUAUGAAAAUUCUUCCUCCUCUGUUUUCAAACAAACUUUGGUUGGUAAAAAAAAAAAAUAGUGACGGAGAAUUAUUUAUUCACAACACGUCUUCCAUCUCAUUUGUUACUUUAUAACUUUAUACACUAUUAUAUUCCUCUCAACCAAAAUUCAAUUAAAAAAAAAAAAAAAA